AUGACGCUUUCUGUUUUUCAGUUGCAUCAGCGCCUCACUAGUGUCUUUCGUCCUUGUGGGAACUAUUUCGAACAUGUAUCCUUCCUUGAUUUGUCAAGCUUCGUCGCCUCCGGAGGCUAUGCUCGCCGCUAUUUCCGGCUUGCCUAUUCACGGAGACACUGCUUCAACCAGUUGCGCCAGAUCACCUUGAUCAUGCGGUGUGGUUGCCUUUCUGAGACCAUGUCGAUACAGGUUCAUCUAGCCCCAUAUCUAGCCCGCCUUGGCUUCUGCCACGCGCCAGCUGAUCUGCCUAUCAGGUACUUUUCCAGUGACCAUGGGGACAGAGCCGGCGAGACUGAAGCCUGGAGAAAGCCAACGGCGGAGGAGGUCGGAAUUCGCGUCGACUGUCACGAUGCUGUAAUGCGGCUGCCAAUAGAAAAGGUGUCUUGA